CACUCAUUUCGUUGAGUGACUCAUCGAAAGAAGCACUCACGAGCUGUCCUGUCAUGUGAUAUUUUUCGCAUUAGCUAGUCAAUCGAUUUUGGAAGUCGCCAGUGAAAAUGGGGGCUUCAGCAUUACCGAUUAUUAUUUUUUCGGCUAUUUUUGGAGUGAUCGGUAUCGUUUUGCCGAUCGUUGCUCCGAAAGGCCCGAACCGUGGAAUUGUUCAAUGUGUGUUAAUUCUGACCGCUGUCACAUGCUGGUUGUUUUGGCUCUGCUGCUAUAUGGCCCAAAUGAACCCACUUAUCGGCCCCAAACUGCACCAGAACACGAUUCUUAUUAUGGCCAGAGAAUGGGGCAACCCGAUUACAGGCAUUGAAGAUUGGACUCCCGAGCACUCGGACCAUUAAGUUGGUUUCGUAUUUUCCAUGUCGUUGUUGUAUAUGGAAUUUUAAUAAAAUACGGAAUGUAAUCAUUCCAAAGUAUCAAAUAUAAGUAAGAAAAAAUCCUCUUAUUUCAUUCGGUAGCGCACUGCCAUCACGUGGGAAAAGAUCACCCACAGCCAAAUGAAUUAUUCUCAUUUGGCCCCUAGAUGGCCGUGUGAAAUUUAGUAUUAAGAAUAAUUCUGUCGCGAAAAGAAAAUGUAUUACUAUAUUCUAUGAAUAAGGCAUAUAUAUAAUACGAAUGCUACAUUUAAUUGAUCAAAAUAUGCAGCAAAUAUAUAAAAAAAAAGUCACGAGACCAUACGAUAAUAUACACGUCACUGAAAUUAAUCAAAUUUUCUUAUCAUACCGUUAUGCAAAAAUAUAAAACAAUCGAUUUAAGAUAAUAGUGAAAAACUAUUUUCCAGCCAAACAUUCAUUAUCUAUAUUGGAGCUCACACAAAACUAUAAUAAAAUUAUUAAUCACGAGUACAUGUAUGUUACAUACUCAAAAGUAGAAUCAAUAAAAUAUAUGCGGUAGAAAAACAAAA